UUGUUAACAGGUGAGUGAGACUGAGCUACAUCGCAGAGAGGUGGAAGAAAGGAUGAGGUGGUGCAGUGAGGUGAUGAGUGUGUCAGGGUCAGGUGCCCAUCCACUCGCUCCUGUCACUGCUUCCUUUUGCAACAAAAGUCUUGUGUUGCAAUUCCACAAGCCUCUCUUCAAAUUCAAAUUCACCUACUCCUCUUCUCUCGCUCUUACCCAUCGUAAGCUGCUUCCCGCUGCUCAAACCCAACCUUCAGCUUCAACUUCAACUUCCAGCGACCACGAUUUCGUGGUCGUCAAUUUCUACCAUUUUGUGUUCAUCGAAGACCCCCUAGCUGAAGUCGCCAAACACCAUUCUUUCUUGGACUUUCAGGGUCUUGACAUCCAUGGAAGAGUCUAUUUGAAUGAACAAGGGAUUAAUGCGCAGUAUAGUGGGCCAUCAAAAGAUGCUCUGGCGUAUGUCAACUGGUUAAGAGAGGAUAAUAGGUUUUCUGACAUCUUGGUUCAGAUAUCUCCAUCAGAAAAUGGACAUACCUUUCCGGCAUUGAAGUUGCGUUAUAAGCCAUCAUUAGUACAGUUGGAAGGUGGUAUAUCACAUCUUCCAUUGCUUGAUCCUUCGAUGCGGGCAAAACCUUUAUCACCUUCAGAAUGGAGAGAUAGAUUGCAAGCAAUCAAUAAAACUGAUCUUACGUCAAAAGAUUAUCCUAAUAGGAGUUACAUUCUAUUGGAUGUGAGAAAUGGUUAUGAGUGGGAUAUUGGACAUUUUCGUGGGGCUCAGCGACCUAAUGUGGACUGCUUUAGGAGCACUUCAUUUGGUCUGUCUCAGGAAGAGAUCACUGCUUCAGAUCCUUUAUCAAGUGUGGAUAAAGAAAAAACAAACAUAUUGAUGUAUUGCACUGGAGGAAUUCGCUGUGAUGUAUAUUCUACAAUUCUAAGGCAGCAGGGAUUUCAGAACUUGUAUACCCUGAAAGGAGGUGUUUCUCACUAUUUAAAGAAUGAAGGCCCGACAGAAUGGGUAGGAAAUUUAUUUGUAUUUGACUCCCGUCUGUCUCUCCCUCCUUCUACUUACUAUCCCCAGGCCACAGCUGAAACAGAGUUGGCUCCAGUUUCCAGAGAUGAUAAGUUUGCAAAAUGCUACAUAUGUAGUUUGGAAGUGAGUGAAUUGAGACACAAAAACUGUGCAAAUCUUGAUUGUAAUUUGCUUUUUCUAUGCUGUAUAAAAUGUGUUGAGGAUCUAAGAGGAUGUUGUUGUUUGACUUGCACUACUGCUCCUCGGCUUAGACCUGUUUUAAAUGGAAUGCAAAGGUACAAAAAAUGGCACAUUUAUCGGGAUAUGGAUUUUCGAGGCAAAAUGGAAAUUUCAACUUGAACGCCCACGCCCAUGUUAACCCAUGGAAAUUUCAGGAGUUGAAGUACUCUAGAAUAGAUGAAAUAGGGAAUACAUCAUACAAUGCACCCUCGCCUAUAAGUUUAUACUGAUGAUCUGUCAUGCGCAAUACAUCUUGCUAGAAAAGAAUAAUCGAAGGUUGCGACGAUAACUUACUGGAAUAUUUAAAUGUGAAAUUUUGAAAUUUCAUGUAGUGUACGUUGAGAGAGAACUUGUUUUUCAUUUUUCUGGUUAUCUCACUACUCUGAUUCUAAUCCCUGUGUAAACU